AUGGCCCCCAAGAAAUCAAAACCCUCAAGAUCUUCGCGAUCAUCUUUACAUCGGUCAAGCGCCUCAAUACACAACAAGACAGAGAUCAAGAUUCACGUCUAUGACCUACUACCUCCCGGGAAAUUGUCAUCGACCCUUUGGGCGCUUGGCACCUCACUUCUCCAUUCAGGCGUUGUUAUCAAUGGCAAGGAGUAUGCAUACGGAGGUCACGACAGGCGUGGAGUGACGGGUGUAUACUGGACCAAGCCAGGAAUCGAGCCUCCGGGAGGUAUCUUCAAAUGCGAAAUACUCCAUGGCUUUACAUUCUCGCCUCAACACGAAAUCGAUGCCAUUAUCCGCGCGGCAUCAGAACAUUUUCUGGGAACGGCAUACAAUCUCCUUACCAAGAACUGCAACCAUUUUACGCAAUAUCUUUGCCAGAAGCUCACGGAUAGGCCAGGCCCAGGAUGGCUGAACCGUGCAGCAAGCAUUGGUGUUGCUCUACCCUGUAUUGUACCGCGCGAUUGGGUUGAGCCACCCGACUACGACCUAGCCGAUGGCGAAUUGCUUGCAGAUGAAGAUCAUGAUGAGGAUAAUGCUACGGAAAGAUCUCGCAUGCUGCGGAACUCUGCCGAUCGACCGAGAUUGAUAACACUAGAUGAGGGAUCCGAGGGUGGAGGCCGCAGCAGCGACGAGGACCAGCCUCGAGCGAGCAUGUCUAAAGGACAAAGAAGAAGCUCGAUCCGCGAUACAUCUGGAAGACAAUUGCCGGCGGCAGAGAGAGCCCCUGCUUCCCGGGUACAGCUUUUGUGA